CCGCUGGGAACCGCCUUUGUUCUCUGUAUUUAUGGCCAACUGUCUGUGUCAUAGGAAAAGAGCAACCUGAGAACUGUUCUGCCAUGGAGGUGAGGCGGCAUCUUCUCCUCAGCCUCAUUAUAGCAGCAGCAAGUUUCCAUGGCAACGCCGCAGAGAAAACGGUCUGCACUCAAGAAGCUGUUGCCGACAUCGUCUUCAUGGUCGACGGGUCCUGGAGCAUCGGCUUGGCAAACUUCGAGCAGAUCCGCCAGUUUCUUUAUUCGCUGGUCAACGCCUUCGACAUCGGCCCCGAUCGUGUUCGCAUCGGCUUGGUCCAGUAUAGCACCACGCCGCGCACCGAAUUCAAUCUCAACACCUUCCAGAACAAGAAUAGCAUCCUCAAGUACAUCAGUAAGUUACCGUACAUGGGGGGCGGCACCCUCACAGGUCUGGGUCUGGACUUCAUGCUGACCGAGCACUUUGUGGAAGCGGCUGGAAGCAGGGCUGGUGAGAACGUGUCGCAAAUCGCCGUGGUGAUCACUGAUGGCAAAUCACAGGACAAUGUGGAGUCUCAUGCCAAGGAACUGAGGAAGAAGGGAAUCGUCUUGUAUGCAAUCGGUAUCAAAGAUGCGGAUGAAGAGCAGCUGAGGGAGAUCGCGAAUGAGCCGCACAGCCAGCACGUGUACAGUGUGUCUGAUUUUUCAGCGCUGCAGGGAAUUUCUUUGAACAUCCUCCAGAUGCUGUGCACGACCGUGGAGGAAGCCAAACGCCAACUACUGCAGAUAUCGCCAGAAUGUGCCAAAGCCAGCAUCGCCGACAUAGUCUUCCUGAUUGAUGGUUCCUCCAGCAUUGGCAUCGAUAAUUUCCAGAAAGUCCAGCAGUUUCUUCGCAGUGUCAUUGAGGGCCUUGAUAUUGGUCCUGACAAAGUUCGGGUCGGUUUGGCACAAUAUAGCAACGACCCUUACCAGGAGUUCCUGCUGAAGGAUCACAUGGACAAGCAAUCUCUGCUGGCUGCAGUAGACCAAGUUCCCUACCGGAGAGGACGCACAGAAACGGGCAAGGCCAUCACCUUCCUCCAGCAGCAGUACUUCACAGAAGAGGCAGGCAGCCGUGCCAAACAGCGGGUACCUCAGAUUGCCGUGGUCCUUACAGAUGGAGACUCCACAGAUGAUGUUGUGGCACCUGCCCAGCUCCUGAGGAAGGAGGGAGUCAUCGUGUUUGGUAUUGGAGUUGGAGAUGCAAACCUGAAAGAGCUUGAGGAUAUUGCCAACCGCCCACACGAGCGCUUCAUGUUCACCAUUGAUAACUUCCAGGCUCUGCAGAGGCUGACUGUAAGUCUGCUGGAAACUGUUUGCAUCUCAGUGGAGGAUCAGAGGAUGGCCUUGGCAGAAACGUUUGCAGACAUCUUCUUUCUGGUGGACGCCGGCAUCAGUGCAGCCGAGUUUCAGAAUGUUCGGUCGUUACUCCUCCGACUGGGGAAUCAACUUAAUGUCGAUGCUUCUGCUUAUCGCUUUGGUCUGGCCCAGUAUGGUCGAGAUAUCAAGGUGAACUUUCUUCUUAAUGCCCAUCAAACCAAAAACGAGACUCAGACUGCUUUUAGGCAGCUCCGCCGACUCCAAGUGCAGCCCAAUGAACGACGAAAUCUGGGCAGAGCUUUGCAGUACGCAAGCAAAAUCCUCUUCACCAGCGAGGCAGGAGGCCGGGCAGACCAAGGAUUCCGACAGUUCCUGGUCAUCAUAAGUGGAAAAGACUCUGAUGAUCUUGUGUAUAAUGGAACUCGUAUGGUCAAAUCAGCAGGAAUAGUUGUGGUGGCGAUGAGCCUGGGGGCUUCAAUGACUGAAAUGCGGCAAAUAGCUACUCCGCCACAUGUGUAUCAGUCUACCGCCAUAGUAAAAGAGCUGAAAACUCUGUUUGAAACUGAGGAACCAGAGGCCAUUCAAACCGAAGAUUGUAAAGCAGCCAAACUUGCAGACAUCGUGUUCAUUGUGGAUGAGUCGGGAAGCAUUGGAACCGCCAACUUCCAGCUGAUACGCACCUUCUUGCUCUCAGUUGUCAAUGGCCUGGAAGUGAGUCCAAACAGAGUCCGAGUGGGUAUCGUGACUUACAGUGACAGGCCCACAGCUCAGGUCUACCUCAACACCUUCAAAGACAAGGACGAAAUACUGCAGUUUGUCAAGAUCCUGCCUUACCGUGGAGGUGGAACGAACACCGGAGCUGCCCUGAAGUUUACGAAGGAGAAGGUCUUCAUUAAGAAAAGAGGCAGGAGACAAAUUAAAGGUGUUCAGCAGGUGGCAGUGGUGAUCACAGAUGGUAAAUCUGAAGAUAAUGUGACACAGGCAGCAGCUGAUCUUCGUAGAGAUGGUAUCACAGUUUAUGCAUUAGGAAUUAAAGAUGCUAACAGGGAGGAGCUACUGGAAAUAGCAUCUUAUCCCCACAGUAAGCAUCUGUUUAUUGUGCAAAGUUUUACUGACCUGAAACCCCUGGAGCAGAUCCUACAGAAAACCAUGUGCCAUAACAUCUUUCGCCAAGCUAUCACAAUCAGCACAAGAAGAAUGAACAUCAAAAAAGGUUGUGUCCAGACAGAUGAAGCCGACAUUUUCUUCUUGAUUGACCACUCAGGAAGUAUUUACCCAAGCGAUUUCCAAGACAUGAAGAAGUUCAUCACUGAGUUUCUCCAUACCUUCCGCAUUAGUCCACAACAUGUACGUGUGGGGGUUGUAAAAUAUGCUGAUUCACCAACCUUGGAAUUUGAUCUAACAGCUUAUACAGAAGCUAAGACGCUGGAGAAGGCUGUAGAGAACAUUAAGCAAAUUGGAGGUGGGACGGAGACAGGAAGGGCACUGUCCUUUAUGGGGCCCCGAUUUGACCAAGGAAGAGUCACUCGUGGACACAAAGUGACAGAAUACCUCAUUGUUAUUACUGAUGGGAAAUCCACAGAUGACGUCAAGGCACCUGCAGCAAAGUUGAGGGCGCAGGACGUCAUCGUCUAUGCAAUCGGGGUGAAAAAUGCAGAUCAAACUCAGCUGGAAGAAAUUGCCGGCGAACACAAGAGGACGUUUUUUGUCAACAAUUUUGAUGCUUUAAAGCCCAUUAAAGAUGACAUCAUUACAGACAUCUGUUCUCCAGAUGCUUGCAAGGACAUACCAGGAGACCUCGUUUUCUUGAUUGACAGCUCUGGGAGCAUAUAUCCAGAUGACUAUCAGAAAAUGAAGGACUUCAUGAAAUCUGUCAUCCAAAAAUCUAUCAUUGGAAAGGAUGAGGUGCACGUUGGUGUUUUGCAGUACAGCUCUGUCCAACAAAAAGAGUUCCUCCUCAAUCAGUACUACACCAAAGACGCUUUGACAGCAGCCAUCAACGGCAUGGAGCAGAUCGGUGGAGGUACAGACACAGGCAAAGCUAUCACAGAAGUCUCAACUUUUUUCGAUGCAGCUAGUGGAGGUCGGCCCCACCUGAGGCAGAGGCUGGUGGUGAUAACAGAUGGUGAGUCUCAAGAUGAAGUCAGCGGUCCUGCUGCAGCUCUGAGGGACAAGGGAGUGGUAAUCUAUGCCAUCGGGGUGAUGGAUGCCAACACGACCCAGCUUCUGGAGAUCACCGGUUCACAUGACCGGGUCUAUGCUGAGCGAGACUUUGAUGCACUGAAGGAUCUGGAGAGUCAUGUGGCCAUGGAUCUCUGUGAUCCAGAAACAGAGUGCAAGAAGACUGAGACAGCUGAUAUCAUCUUCCUGGUCGAUGGUUCCACCAGCAUAACCCCGGAGAAGUUCAGAAGCAUGAAGACAUUUAUGUCAUCCAUGGUGAACCAAACCACAGUGGGCAAGGACCUGACUCGCUUUGGAGUCAUUAUGUACUCCAACGAUCCAAAAUCAGUUUUUACUCUGAAAAAGUAUGUUUCCAAACGUCAGGUUCUUCAAGCAAUAUCAGCUCUGAAGUCCCCAAAUGGAGACACGUAUACUGGCAAGGCUCUUGAAUACUCCUUACAGUAUUUUAAUGCUGAACACGGUGGCCGGGCAGAAUUGAAGGUGCCUCAGAUUCUCAUGGUGAUCACAGAUGGUGACGCAACUGAUAGCAGAAAUCUGGUGAAGCCAUCUAUAGCACUGCGAGAACAUAACAUCAGUGUCUUCAGUAUUGGAGUGGAGGGAGCCAUCCAGUCCCAGCUGGAGACCAUGGCUGGUGGUGACACAUCCAAAGUCUUCUAUGUGGACAAUUUUAAAGCCCUAGAAACUCUACACAGGAAUAUUUCUCAUGUCCUCUGCAACUACACAAAGCCAGUUUGUGAAAAGCAGCAGGCUGACCUGGUCUUCCUGCUCGAUCAGUCUGGCAGCAUCGUUCAAAAUGACUACACCACCAUGAAGAAAUUUACGACUGAACUCGUGAAAAGCUUUGAAGUUGGAAAAGAGUUUGUGCGUGUUGGACUCGCCCAGUUUAGCAGCACGUUCCAGAAGGAGUUUUACCUCAACCAGUUCUACACUGAGCAAGAGGUUACCAAGCACAUCCUGGAUUUGCAGCAGAUUGGUGGAGGCACCAAUAUUGGACUGGCUCUUAAUUCUAUUCGGGAGUAUUUUGAGGCCUCACGCGGCAGCCGCCGCUCUGAAGGGAUUUCACAGAAUCUGGUGUUGAUCACAGAUGGUGAGUCCCAGGAUGAUGUGGAGGACGCUGCUGAUCAUCUUAGAUCUCUGGGGAUCGAGAUAUUUGCCAUCGGGAUUGGAGAUGUCCACAAACUGGAGCUUUUGCAGAUCACGGGAACCCCGGAGAGGGUGUUUACUGUGGCAAACUUUGGCAGCUUGGAAAAUAUCAAGCAAAAGGUGGUUGAUACCAUCUGUAAAUCCAACCCGCCCAAAGAUCCAUCUGACUGCAGCAUUGAUAUCGCUAUGGGAUUUGAUAUUUCUCAAAGAACCGGAGCUCCUGAUGAGACUCUGGUCAGCGGCCACACCAACCUUGAGAUCCUCCUGCCGGACAUCGUUCAGUACGUUUCCACAGUGCACGGACUGUGCUGCACUGGCCCUGCCCCUGUGAAAACUAACAUCGCUUUCCUAGUGGUGAACCGUGAUGGACGCACUCUGUACGACUUCAACUUUGAAGGUUACAACAAGGAUGUGAUUGAAAAAGUUAAGACCCUGCAGUUGUCGGAACCGACCUACUUCAACACAGCACUGCUGAACUCCUUCAAGAACAAGUUCAGCACUGAGUCCAAAGCCGGUGUGAAGGUGCUGGUGAUCUUCUCAGAUGGACUCGAUGAAGAUGUGAUGAAGCUUGAACAUGAGUCAGAGUUGCUGCAACAGUCUGGGGUCAGUGCUUUGCUGGUUGUCUCUCUGGAUGGUGCACGAGAUGUUCGACAGCUGCAGAUGAUCGAGUUCGGACGCGGGUUUGAUUACAAGUCUCCCAUCAGCAUCAGCAUGCCGAGUGUCGCCAGCAGCAUCCUCAAACAGAUUGACUCGGUGUCAGAUCGGGAAUGCUGUGGUGUCAUGUGCAAAUGUUCGGGAUCUGAGGGCGUCCGUGGCUCUCGAGGACCUUUGGGGACGAAGGGGCUGUCCGGACAGAAAGGUCACCCCGGCUUCCCAGGAGACGAGGGAGUCCCCGGAAAUCGAGGGGGUCCUGGACCCACUGGACCUCGGGGUGUCCAGGGUUGUCCCGGGACCAGAGGACAGAAGGGCUACAGGGGUCUCCGCGGAAACAGGGGGGACAACGGAGACGACGGACUGAACGGAGUGGAUGGAGAACAGGGCGAGCUGGGCGUCGACAGCACCGUCCCAGGACCCAAAGGAGACGUGGGAAAUCCAGGUUUACCGGGUGCACCUGGACAGGACGGUCUGCCCGGUGAGAGCGGCGUCAACGGAAACCCGGGUCCUAAAGGAAGUCCAGGUCCACCUGGUGUGAAGGGUCCAGCUGGAGGACCAGGAUCUGCAGGAGCCAAAGGAGAUCCAGGUCCUUCUGGUCCACAGGGUUCCAGGGGGGGCAGAGGUGUCCCUGGACCCAAAGGGAUUUCUGGUCUUCCUGGGAUUCAGGGUGGACCUGGACCUGUUGGAAAUCCAGGAUUACCUGGACGUGGAGGUUCUCCUGGACAGAAGGGCCAACCUGGAGAUCCAGGUACCAAAGGUGGACCAGGACCACAAGGACCUAGAGGCCUGCCGGGUCAGGAUGGCAGGGACGGUUACGGACCUCCAGGGCCACCAGGUGCCAAGGGUGAUCCCGGCUUUCCUGGUUAUCCUGGCUUAAUGGGUGAAAAUGGUCAGACGGGAGCUGAAGGAGUUCCUGGACGUAAAGGGAACCAAGGUCGAGCGGGCAACUCUGGGAGCCCGGGAGAAACCGGCGUGCCUGGAGAGCCGGGUUACUCAGGACACAGGGGACCCCGAGGUCCUCCUGGACUUCCAGGCAUGACAGAGUGUGAGAUGAUCAGUUACAUCAGAAACAACUGUGCGUGCUGUUUGGAUCAGGUGGUGUGCCCAACGUACCCCACAGAGGUCGUCUUCGCCAUGGACAUGUCCAAGGAUGUGACCCCAACCGCCUUUGAAAGGAUGCGCUCUGUCCUGCUCUCCCUGCUUGAGGAUCUCUCCAUCACCGAGAGCAAUUGUCCGACAGGCGCCCGCGUCACUGUGAUGGGAUACAGCAGCUACACCAAGUACUUGAUUCGUUCCCACGAUUACCAUCGCAAGAAACAACUGAUUGAGUUGGUAAAGAACAUUGCUCUGGAACAGACCUCCAACCAGCGCCACCUGGGGGCAGCCAUGCGCUUUGUGAGCCAGAAUGUCUUCAAACGCACCCGUGCCGGAGCGAUGAUGAGGAAGGUGGCCGUGUUUUUCUCCAACGGGCCAUCGCAGGAACCUACUGACAUUGUCACAGCCGUCAUGGAGUAUCGGGCCCUCAACAUCUUCCCAGCAGUCAUCUCUCUGAGGAGCGCUCCUGAGAUCACAGAAGCCUUUGAGGCUGACGACACAGGACAUGCCCUCUUCAUGGUGCUCGGCGCGCGUUCGGACUGGGCUGAUGACCUGAAGAAGAUCAAGUCAUGUGCCAUCUGUUACGAUCCUUGCAGCACACAGAAAAACUGCACCCUUAUCCAGGAAGAUCCGCCUCCUCAGGAAGUGGACGUGGAUCUCGCCGUGGUGGUUGACGACUCCAGGGAAAUACAGGCUGACGAUUACGCUGGCAUCCAGCAGCUUCUGGGCUCCAUCGUCGACCAGCUGGCCUUGAGUCCGCAGCCCCGCCGGCCUGGCAACCAGGCUCGGGUGGCUGUGGUGCAGCAGGGUGGCCUGCUGGCCGGCCCGGGCUCACAGGGCGGGAAGCUGGAGUUUGGCCUGCAGACUUUCCAGGACCGGGAUCAGAUGAAGACACACCUGGUGCAGAGCAUGCAGCAGCAAGGCGGCUCGCCGGUGCUCGGACAGACGCUGGAGUUCACCUUGAAGGAGGUGCUGCUGAAGGCCAGACCGCCCCGCAAGAAGAAGGCACUACUGACCGUGGUGGGCACCCAGACGUCCUACUGGGACCAGGACAAACUGCAGUUCAUCUCACAGCUAGCUAAGUGCCAAGGUGUGGCGCUGUUUGUGGUGACAGUCGGUGAUCGCUACAACUACACGCAGGUGGAGGAGCUGGCCAGCGCACCCCUCCAACAGCAUCUGAUCCACGUGUGGCGUCUGAAAGCUGAGGAACAGGGCUACAUCCAGCGCUUCUUCAGGGUCUUCCUCUCUGCCCUCAAGAAGGGGAUGAACCCGUACCCGGCAGCUGCCUUCAAACGGACCUGCAGCCAGCUGAGAACCAGAGGACCAGGACGGGGUGACACUAACGGGCAGGGGGCAGCACAGUUAGAAGAGGAGGACAACCUGCCAGCAGAUGAGGAGCACAAAGAAGUGAAGCUGCAAACUGGUCAGGUGGAUGUCCUUGAGUCUUUGGUCAGAGGGGACGGCCAGAACAUCCUGUUAACAAGGGACAAAAAAGCCCGGUGCCGCUCUGGUGCUGAUUUGGGUGUCCCAUGUACGGACUUUGUCCUGCAGUGGUUCUUUGAUAAAGCCAUCGGUGCAUGCUCGCCCUUCUGGUACGGCGGCUGUGGCGGCAACGCCAACCGUUUUAACACAGAAAGUGAAUGUUUGCAGACAUGUGGCUCCUAUCGUCCAACCUGGCGUAGGAAGCAGCACAACUUCUUGUCCAAAGAAGCCUGUUUCCUGAGCCAGGACACCGGCGGGUGUCAAAACUACACCAUGAAGUGGUUCUUUGACACAGAGAAGAGCGAAUGUUCUCGCUUCUGGUACGGCGGCUGUGGUGGAAAUGGAAACCGCUUUGAGACACAGGAGGAGUGCGAGAACCUGUGUCUGAUGAAGAACCGAUGAGGACCAGGAGGGAGCAGAUCCGGGAAUAAAACUCAACGCCGCUCUGCACCAAAUACGUAACAGAAAACAUGCACGUUUGAGGGAACAAGCUACUGUGAUCUCACACCUUUUUUAAAAAGCUUCAACUGCUGACAACUUUCAACUAAAAACACCUUCAGUUUCACACUGUUGGUCACCAGGGGGCGCUUUGGACAUCAUCAAACAUACAUGUUUCUGCAAAUACCUUAAAGGCCACUUUUUUUUUUUUUUUUAACCAUUUCAGAUGUUUGACAAGUUUUAACUGUUGGAUGUCUCCAGCUUCUAACUGUCUAACGUUUCCAUCAGGUGACUCUCUGUUUAUAUCAGGUGCUUUUGGGGGGGGGCAGACAGGUGAAGGAGCUACACAUAGCUUUAUGAAGACUCCAAAUCAAUAACUUGAUGUGAUCAGAAAUGACAUUUCUGUAAUUGAGUUUUAUCUCCAUUAAUCUGAACGUGAGCCCAAAGCACCGUCUGAACGAGAGAAUUCCUCCGACUGCAGUCCAUUAGUUUUAGUAAGAUAAAAGCACAUGAUAAAAUAACUUUCAGUUAAUUACACGGAUUGAAGGACGCUGUCAUGGCAACAGCUCCACUCCUCAUUGACAGCUGCAAUAACAGUUGUGAUGUUGGAUUUCUUGUUUUCUGCCAACAGCUGUGAGAAAGUUUGAAGAAAAACUUUUCCAACUUGUAAUUUAAAAAAAUCUUUUCUUUAAAAAAAAAAAAAAAAAAAGCCCCAGAGUUUAAUUUUUAUUUUCUUCAGUUCUGAGAUCAGUCACUAGUGGAACUGAUCAAUUAGUUACUGAUGUUGUAAUUAAGACAAAUCAAUUUUAUAAAAACCCACAAACAUAAUUUUUCAUAUUUAACCUCAGUUUAAAACAAACAUUCACAUAAUAAAAUAGUUUGAUUCAUUUUUACGGGACGUCAUAUCUGUGAAACAGGUUUGUUUGUGUGCUAAUGUUUCAGAUGAACAGAACUUAAACGGACUCGUGUGGAUCGAUCUGGGUCCAAUGGUGCUU